CAAAUAAUCUAAAUUCCAACCUUGAAGACUAUGAAAAUCUGAAAAGAUUUGACAGCUAUAAAAGCUUUGAAAACCUUGAAGAAUUCGAGGAUCCUGAAAAUUCUGAAGGCAUUAAAGACUCUGAAGAUUUUAAAAAUCUUGAAGACUUCAAUAAUUCUGUUGACACUGUAAACCCUAGAGAUUCCAAAAAUUGA